GUCCGUCACAUCGACAACGGUUUGGUCAUCAACACGGGCGACAUGAUGACUUUCCUCACAAAUGGAUACUACAAGCCCACGAUCCACCGCGUCAUCCAGCCACCCGAGGACCAACACCACUACGAUCGUUUGGGUGCAUACUAUUUUGCGAUGCCGGACAAUGACGUUCGUUUGUUGCCGUGUGCUGAGAGCCCG